AAUUUUUUGUCAGUUUCGAAAAAACGGUGCACUUGCAGCUUCUGUCCAUUCUUGCGAAAAAAUUCCUAUUUCCUGCUUUUGUGAUUUAAUAAUUUUCUUCUACUCAGUUAAAUAAGUUGUUUGUUAAUGUUUUACCACUAUGGAUUUUAUCGACUUAUCCCCGACUAACGAGGAAGCCUCUUUGAGAGCCACAACGAGUAUGCCGGUUCCGCUUCUGGCGCCUGUGGAAAAUUUCGAAGGUCGCCUAAGCAUUGGUGGGGAUCCAUUUGAAAAGAUGCUGUCCCAGGCAAGGCUUCACAAUGAUCCCUUUGAGUGUUUAUCUCGGAGUAAACUCUCGUCAGUAUCUUCCCUGACCAACAAUAUAGGGGACCUGGAGGAUUUUUUCCAGGGCUCUCCGAUACUCAUCACUCCAAACUCCAAUAGUGCCUUUGUUUUCUGUGACAUCUCUCCCAUUGUCAAUUCCUCAAAUAGCGAUCAAUCUGCCCUGAACAAUGCUUUCGUUCAAACGUCUUCAGUAGUGUCCGGAAAGACAGCCAGCAACAGUGAUGAAAUUAUUCCGAGAAAGCGUUUUGGGUCAGAGCCUGUGGUCCGAGAGUCCGAAGGGAAAGAAAAACCGAAUAAAACUGUGCAUGGGGAGAUGAUUCCGGAAAAGGCAUUACAAAGCCCAGACAUUGUUCUGUGGCAGUCAAUUGUGGAUGAUGUAAAGGAGGAUCUUACGACCGAAGUGCCACCUCCAAUGUUCUCUGAAACUGACGAGGACAGCUUGGAGAAUCUCAAGAUUCCAAUUCUCGAGCAAUUAAGCAUGGCCGAGAAGCAAUCGGGCCAGAAGGAAGAUACAUCAUCAUCUCCUGAAAUUCCUUCGGUAACCAGUAGCGUCUUCGAGACUUCGGCAAUUGUUGAGGAUCUUCGUCGACGAAUGAAGGAUGUCCUUAACAAAAGGAUCCAUUCCGAAGACCUGAACACUACAGAUAAAUCCCUAAAUGUCAAGGGUCUGAUUCGUCAGGAGACAUUCGAAAUUGACAAGAAACCCAAGGAUGCCAUGGAAAAUCAGAAGAAAGCUGCUGAAGAUUCGUCAGAAGACACUUUCAUGGAGAAACUGAAGAUGAUGUGUGGUGAGCACAAUGUCAGUGUGGUGCAGGAUGCCUCCAAGAUGAACGACAGUCAGUCAAGGAUUGUGGUGUUAGUGAAUCAGGACUCUUCCAAACCUGGCACCCCGCUCAAGCGUCGCAAUUCUUUCUGCAGUGAAAUUCCACGGCCUACUGACUCCCCAACAGCUCGUAGGCGUCGUUCAGUGACCGUAGCGCCCCCAAAGACCGAUCUCCUAACACCGCGUGAAUGGAAGUGUCCAGUGGGCAAAGUUUUGCCAUCUCCACAGUUCCGUGGGCAGCAGCUGAAGAUCCGUGCAGCCGAACCGAAGGUCCGGGGCAGUGUGGGGCCUAUGCGUGCCCUCCGUCCAACGCCCAAGAUCCAGGUGGAUGAGAAUGUUACUCCACCUGAGCGGGGACCGAUCCGCAAGAGGCGUUCUCUGGUGACAACAAGCACUCCAAAAGUUGACUCUACUAAGCCCUUGGGGACCUCCACGCCACUCGUCAAGUUUCCCGACAAAGCAUCUCACAAGAGACUCUCCUGUGGCCCCAAGCAUCUCACCGAGAACAAUCGCAUCCAGCCACGAUUCACGCCGUCCAAGUGAAAUCUUUUCUCAUCACUCUUUGUUUGGAUUUUUGCUCUCGAUCUCACCACUUUUGUUUUAUUAUUGUGAUUGAAAAAAUUUGAUUGUGAACUUAAUAAAUUUUCAGGGUUUCCCCUUUUUAAUAAA